UGUUAAAGAUAAAAUCAGAUGUUUCUUUAAUGCGUCCGUUAUCUGGGUCUGCAUCAAAUACUAUCUUUCACACUUACCUGACCACCACCAUGUCCUCAAGGCUUUGAAUGAAUAUAUCCGAAACAAUCCGAACAUAUCUAGUCAGAGGUUGACUGCAUUACAUCUUAAUAAGGACUCACUGUUGUUUUAAAGAAGGAAAAAACAAACAAAAAAGCAACAACUUUAAGUAUUAGCAUGGAUUUCCGAGUAUUACAAUCGUUUACUUUCAUCGGAUUACUUAACUGCAUUUUAGCGUCUAAGGUUUAUGAGUGGCAGAAUAAUUGGGGUUCAGGCUUGUCGACUAAGGAGUUUGCUCAAAUUCAUGAACUUGACAAAACUAUUACCCACUAUGCAACAGAUGAAAGCGCCUCGGCAAAAAGUUCCCCGGCUGUCAGCCUUUAUGAUCUUAACACGCGAGAAGAUGAUUUUAAAAAGGGAAUAGUUGCUAUUAGACCACUUGUGGCAAAAGGCAGUCAAGUCUGUUUCAUUUCACAAGUGGUAAAAUACUGGCCUGGAACCGAAAAAGCUGUAACUAACCGGCAUGGGGUAUGAUAUUGUGUGCUU